UAAAAUUGGACCUUGUAGCUGGUAGCAAACCAGAGCUUUUUCAUCUUCUUCCCUCAAGACUCAAGAUUCAGUUGAAUCAUGAAACCAAUCAUCAGAGGACCUUUGUCCCACCAUCUCUUCUUCAGACUCACCACCUCCUCCUCCAUUUUUUUCUCCACUUCAAACCUCUCCAUCAACACUCCAUCACUCCACACACUUUCUUCCUUCCACCUCCUCACCCUAUCUCCUUCCAAUACCCACUUCCCCAUUUCUCCAAAUCAACCAACCCCACAUCAUCAGUUCACUCACAGAAGGCCUUUCUCAUCUGUAAGAUCAGACCCCUCUUCCAUUGAACCACCUCCUCCCAAUGCAAUUCCUGUUGUUUCCACUGUUGCUUCCCCAUUUGAGAGCUCUCCAUCCAUCGAUGCUGGUUCUUUGAUCCGAAAACCCAUUAGUUUGUGGCCUGGGAUGUAUCAUUCACCUGUGACCAAUGCUUUAUGGGAAGCAAGAUCCAGCAUCUUUGAGAAAUCUCAAGAGCUUCCAAGUGAUGCCGCUUCAGAGAGUGAAUUAGUGCCCAAAACCCCAGCGCAGAGCCGGACCAGUAUUAUAUAUAAAUUUUCAUCUGAUUACAUACUCAGAGAGCAAUACAGGAACCCUUGGAAUGAGAUCAGGUCUGGGAAGUUGCUUGAAGAUCUUGAUGCUCUUGCUGGAACAAUCUCCUUUAAGCACUGCAGCAACGACAAGGGCGCAGCAAUGCCCUUCUUACUGGUCACAGCUUCUGUCGACAGGAUGGUGCUCAAGAAACCCAUCCGGGUUGACACUGAUCUGAAAAUAGUUGGUGCUGUAACAUGGGUUGGAAGGUCAUCCAUGGAGAUAAGAUUAGAGGUGAUUCAACCAACACCAGAGGCCUCUGAUCCCUCAGACUCACUAGCCUUAACAGCAAACUUCACAUUUGUGGCUCGUGACUCCAAGACAGGAAAAUCAGCUCCCAUUAACCAGAUCUCCCCAGAAACCCAACAAGAAAAACUGCUCUGGAGAGAAGCAGAAGACCGGAAUCAGAUGAGGAAAAAGAAGAGAGGAGAAAACAUGAGGGGACUCGAGGAUAGGGAGGCUGACCGGCUCGAAGCAUUACUGGCUGAAGGACGGGUCUUCUGCGACAUGCCCGCUUUGGCUGAUAGAGACAGCAUUCUUAUCAGGGAUACUCGCCUCGAGUACACCAUCAUUUGCCAGCCACAGCAGAGGAACAUCCAUGGUCGGAUUUUUGGUGGAUUUUUGAUGAGAAAAGCAUUAGAGCUGGCUUUCUCAACAACUUAUGCCUUCGCAGGUGCUGCGCCGCUCUUCGUAGAAGCUGAUCAUGUUGAUUUCUUGAAGCCUGUGGAUGUUGGAAAUUUCCUUCGUCUCAAGUCUUGUGUUCUGUAUACUGAACUCGAGAACCCAACUCGACCAUUGAUCAAUGUAGAAGUUGUAGCUCAUGUUACAAGGCCCGAGCUCAGGUCAAGUGAGGUAUCAAACACUUUCUACUUCACAUUCACUGCCCGGCCAGAGGCAAUGAAGGAUGGAUUGAAAAUUAGGAGUGUUGUUCCUGCUACAGAAGAGGAGGCACGGCGGGUGCUCAAACGUAUGGAUGCUGAGAACCCAGAACUAGUUCAGACCAGGAACUGAGUCAUCAUAUAAUAAAAGAUAAGCGGAAGAGAAGCCUAGACCUACAGAGUUCCAUUGAAGAACCCAGAAAAAGUAAACUUCCAGCUCCAGUAUGGAACAUCUUUACGACUAUCUUCUAGAAAUCCUGGCAAAUUGUUAUGCACAAAGCAGAAACUGAUAUAUAUUUUAUACUGAAAAUGCAUAUUAUGACUCA